AUGCUUAUUAAUCAUGGUGCCAAUUCUAAUGAAAAGGAUGGAUCAGGAAGAAGUGCCCUUCAUUAUGCAAGUUCUUGUAAAGUUAUUGAUAUUCUCCUCACACAUGGUGCUGAAAUAGAUUCCAAAGAUAAUGAAGGAAAAACUAUUUUUCUAAUUGCAUCAACUCAUUGUAAAACCGAAAUAAUUGAUUAUCUGAUUUCUCAUGGUGCAGAUAUCAAUACAACAGAUAACGAUCAGAAAAGUGCACUUCAUUAUGCUGUAAAAGAUAACAGAAGUGAGGUGGUUAAAUAUCUUAUUUUGCACGAUAUUAAUGUAAAUAUUGCAGACAAAUAUGGAAAAACUGCUCUUCAUUAUGCAUUUGAAAAUUAUCGUGAACAAACAAUAAAGUUACUCAUUUCUCAUGGAGCAAAUUAUAAUGCAAAAGAUAGUGAAGGCAUAACACCACUACACAUAGCAGCUAUGAAAUGCAAAUUAAAAGAUGUAAAAAUCCUUAUUUCACAUGGAGAAGACAUUAAUGCCAAAGAUAACAAUGAAAAAACGCCUGCGGGCAAUGAAAAGUUGAGUUAUUAUGCAUUUUUGUUUUUGUUUUGCAUCGUGCUAGCAUUUAUAAUUUUGAUUUGCUUUAGAAUUAAGUAA